AUGACAACAACAGCAGAACCAGAAUCAACAACAACAAUAACAACAACAACAACAGAAGAAGCAGUGUGGAUGCUUACUGGCAGCAUGAACACUGCACGAUAUUAUCACACAGCAUCAAUAUUGCCAAACGGAAAUGUCUUAGUUGUUGGUGGCGACGCCGGAUGGAAUAGUGCAGAAGUGUAUAAUCCAUUUACAGGUUUUUGGACAACUACUGGCACCAUGAGCACUACACGACUUUUUCAUACACAAGUCACAUUAACAAACGGAGAUGUCCUAGUUGCUGGUGGAACCGGUAGUCGUAUAACCCCAUUGAGUGGUGCAGAAGUGUACAAUCCAUCUAAAGGACGUUGGACAAUCACUGACAAUAUGGACACUGCACGAGCUUAUCACACAGCAUCCAUAUUGCCAAACGGAAAUGUCUUAGUUACUGGUGGAUCCGGUAUUAGUACCUUAUUAAGUAGUGCAGAAGUGUACAAUCCAUCUAAAGGACGUUGGACAGCUACUGGUAAUAUGAACACUGCGCGAUUUUAUCACACAGCAUCAAUAUUGCCAAACGGAAAUGUCUUAGUUACUGGUGGAUCCGGUAUUAGUGGCUCAUUAAGUAGUGCAGAAGUGUAUAAUUCAUCUAAAGGUUUCUGGACAACUACUGGCAACAUGAGCACUACACGAAUUUUUCAUACACAAGUGACAUUAACAAACGGAAAUGUCAUAGUUGCUGGUGGAGUCACUAAUGCUUUCACCGGUGUUAAUAGCACCGCAUUGAGUAGUGCAGAAGUGUACAAUCCAUCCACAGGACUCUGGACAUCUAUUGGCACUAUGAGCAGUGCACGAGCGUUUCACACAGCAUCCAUAUUGGCAAACGGAAAUGUCUUAUUUGCUGGUAUGGGCAAUGGUAGUAAUGCAGAACUAUAUGGAUGA